AUGGCUCCUACAAAAGUUUCUAAGUCCCAAGCUGGAGUGCAACCUGUCCCUGACAAGCAUGGCUAUGAAUUCGGUGGGCCUCUAGGUGCCUUCGGAAUCGUCUUUGGUCUGCCAGUCUUGGUUUAUACGUUCACCUUCCUCUGUAACGAUGUGUCUGGAUGUCCCGCACCUUCGUUGCUCAACCCCUCGACCUUAACCCUCAAUCAACUGAAACAAGAGGUGGGCUGGCCCCAGGAUGGUAUCACAGGACUCUUUGAUUUACAGGUGACAUUAUGGACUUUGAGUUACUAUGCUUUCAGCCUGUUCUUGCAAGUGUUCCUGCCUGGUCAAGUUGCGGAAGGUGUCUCUCUGGCAUGCGGGGGAAGACACAAGUACAAGUUCAAUGCCUUCCCCUCCGCUCUCAUCAUUCUCGGUAGUUUGGCCGCUGGAACCUACAUGGAUGGAGCUGAUUUUGUCGUGUGGACUUUCCUGUGGGACAACUACGUGCAAGUUAUCACUGCGAACCUGGUCAUAUGUUCGGUGAUUGCAUUCUUUGUCUAUGCCAAGAGCUUCUCAGUUCCUAAGCCUGGACAGCCCAACCCUGACUUUCGAGAGCUGGCUCCUGGCGGUCAAACCGGCAAUGUCCUCUACGAUUUCUUCAUUGGUCGCGAACUCAACCCUCGUAUCCGUCUGCCCAUUCCAUUCGUCAGCGAGGCCUCACGAACCCUUGAUAUUAAGGUGUUUAUGGAGAUGCGCCCGGGUUUGCUCGGAUGGACGAUUAUGAACCUCUCCAAUGUGGCUCACCAGUACCGCACCUACGGGUAUGUUACUGACUCGAUCGUUUUAGUUACUAUCUUCCAGGGUUUCUAUAUUCUGGACUCCCUUUACAUGGAGCCUGCAAUUAUGACAACAAUGGAUGUGAUUAUGGAUGGUUUCGGUUUCAUGCUGUCCUUCGGUGAUGUUGUCUGGGUCCCCCAUCUCUACAGUGUGCAGAGCCGCUACCUUUCGAUCUUCCCUCUCCAGCUUGGCUGGUCAGGGGUCUCCUUGGUUCUGGGUGUUACUGCUGUUGGAUACUCUAUCUUCCGUGGUGCCAACAACCAGAAGAACCGUUUCCGCACCAACCCCAAUGACCCUCGCGUGAAGCAUAUCAAGUUCAUUGAAACUGCCAGUGGAUCGAAGCUGAUGACCUCAGGUUGGUGGGGUCUGGCGCGUCACAUCAACUACCUUGGUGAUUGGAUCAUGGGUUGGGCCUACUGCUUGCCUACUGGCAUGGCAGGCUAUGCCAUUAUUGAGACCAUUAACCCGGCUAGUGGUGCUAUCCAGAAGCAAGCUGUGCAGAACCCUGAGGCGCGUGGCUGGGGAAUGAUUUUCACUUACUUCUACAUCAUUUACUUCGGCGUUCUAUUGGUCCAUCGAGAAAUGCGUGAUGAAGAGAAGUGCAAGAAGAAGUACGGGGCCGACUGGGACCGUUACACCUCGCUGGUACGCAGCCGAAUCAUCCCAGGCGUCUACUAA